AUGGAAGCAAGAUUAUCACAGAGUUAUGGUGAUUUUGGUGUGGAGAUCAAUCAAUGGAAUAAAGUACUUUGUCAGAGUCAGAACUCAGAUAUGGUCACCAAGAUGGUGGCGUUAAUGCAAACCAAUGAAGAAAUACAUACGCUGCUAGCAGAGGAGAUAGAAAAGCUCAAGAACUCCUUUGGGAACAUCUAUGAACGAGAGAAGAAGCUUAUGGAUAAGAUUGCUCAAAGCAAGAAGAAUUUGGCACAUUUUGAAGACCUAACCAAGAGGAUUGGUAGAAAUGCUGCAAAGACCAAUUUGGCUUAUGAAAGCUUGGAGGAAGAUGCAGAAAACAUCAGGGUAUUGGAGAACCAACUAGCGGUUUCAUUAUCAACAGAUUUAAAGGAUGCAAUUUUAAGUUAUUUGCUUCGACUUCUGGUGACUUCUUCUCAAUUGCAUAGUAUAGUCAAUGAGUAUCAGAGCUCUUUAUUGGAGGGGUAUAGUAGCAAUAUGAUUAUUAGCAGCAGGUUAGCUCAAGAAAAUACUUCUGCUGGGAACCAUCCUCAGUCUACUAUACAAGAAUCGCCAGCUGGAAAGUUCAAGUCCGAUACUGAAGGGUUCAAAACUCCGACGGAAUACUCCGAGAGAGAAGAGUUGAUUCGAGGAAGUAAGCAAUUGGAUACCGUGUUAUUGCCAACCCCCACUUCUGGAUUCAGUGGUGAUAAUGGAGUGGUGCUUCGUAACGCUGAGGUGCCAUCCACAAACAAAGGCGCCACUCGUGGUCAAAGAAUAUUAUCCACAUUUGCACUGUACCAACCACGGGAAACAUGGGGAUAA